AUGGCAAGCGACAACCUAGCCGAGAACACCCCCCUCCUCUUUAGUGCCGACAACCAGUCAUCGGCCACCGCCACAGCUCCUCGCUCUGUACGCCCACCGCGUAACGUCACCUUCAACCCGAACCCAGUCACCCGGACUAUUGAGCCGGAUACGGCCUACGGAGAGCUGAGUCCCUCCAACUACACGCAACAGCAACAGCAACAGCAACAGCAACAGCAACAACCGCAAUCCCACCGCCAUUCCAUCCCCUCCUCCUCCAGCCCGUCAUCUGCGUCCCUCUCGGCACUGAAUAGCAGACUUCGGAGACGAAACAGCCAUGGCGGGCCUGGCUCGGGGCCGUUAGGAGGGUAUGGCAGUGGUGGUGCAGGGUCGGUCGGUAGCACCAGCGGCGCGAGCCUACCUCUUGCCGGGACAGGUGGUGCCGGAGCACUCAAAAUCGGCCCGCAGCGGAGUACCGCAAAGGCACAGAAGUUGAAGCUGUUGCCAAACCCGGAGCCGGAAGAGGAUCAUGAGGAGGUGGACGAGGAGACGAGUCGCGAUGUGUACUCGCAGUAUACAAGGAUCAAAGACCCGACCGCCAGGAGGGAUGCGGCUCGGCUGGGGAAAGCGGAUCGGGACAGGCUGCCGAGGGUCACGGCGUACUGCACGGCGAAUAAGUACCAGAUGGAUGCGCUCAUGCAUUGGCUAAAGGGUCGUGGUAGGAUGCGAGGGGCCAAUCCGAAGCGGAUUGAUGAGUGCAUCUAUACGCCGUAUAAUUAUGGGUCUAAGCAGCUUGCAGCUAAUCGGGAGAGGAGGCAUGCUGCUACAGGGGAUUUGCUUGGUCUUGAAGGGGGAGAGGCGGGAGAGAAUGGGGUGUCAGGAGCACGGACAGAGCCGUGUGACUCGUCGUUGGUUAGCAAUGGGCCAUCGGCUCUCUCACGAGAAUCUUCUCAGCAAGCCGGCGAGUCCCAAGAAAGCACCGAACCUGACUACAGCGUUCACCAACGCCUCGACUUACUCGUCGUCGACGAAGAACAUUCCCGCCCCGCCAGCGCAGGCCUCGACAUCCGAGUUGGCACGCCUGAAAUUUUCCUCUUCGAAUACGGCGUCGUCGUGAUCUGGGGCAUGACAGAGGCCCAGGAACGCCGGUUCCUCCGCGAGCUUGAAAAGUUCGAGAUUGAGAAACUCGCCCAAAGCGACGUGGAAACGGAAAAAUUCAACUUUUACUACACCCACGAGUACCAAGCACGCAUCUACAAUGACUUCAUUGCCCUCCGGCGCACCGAGGACGAUGGCAGCGGCGGCACCCGCAGCGGGAGCUACAUGACCAAGCUCGCCAUCUCCCACGCUCUAGCACAAUCAGUCAAGACCUCGCUGUUCGAGGAACUCAUUGCGGCGACAAUUGAAGAGACAAAAAACAUACCCGCGCAGCUGGCAUACACGGGCAAGAUCAACCUGCCGCGGCGCGAUAUCAACAAGCAGAUUGGCGAGCUGUUCAUUUUACGUAUCGCCAUCCAUUUGAACGGGUCCGUGCUCGACACGCCCGAGCUGUUUUGGGUUGAGCCAAGGCUCGAACCCGUUUACCAGGCCGUCAGGAGUUAUUUGGAGAUCGAUCAGCGCGUGAGGUUGCUGACGGAGAGGCUAGACGUGAUUGCGGAUCUGUUGGCUGUGUUGAAGGAACAGCUUAGCCAUGGCCAUGGGGAGAAGUUGGAGUGGAUUGUUAUCAUCCUCAUCGCUGCCGAGAUCGUCGUGGCCAUUGUCAACAUCAUAGUUGAUAUGAAUGCCGGUGUUGCUUAG